GAUGAACAUCUGACGGGACAAAAAAUUCCUAAUAUGUUGUGCAAGGUGGGGACUGAAGUACAAGACUAAAGUAGCCUCCUCUGCAAGAGAGCACAUGAUGAUAAAUAAUUAGGGACAUGGUAUCCUUGGAGCAUGAACAAUUGAUCACACCUACUGCGCAAUCAACGGUGGAUAUAUAUCCAUCAACUUGAAAGGUGCUACGCAAUCAAGGAGUGCAAGUAUCCAAGGCUCAGCCAUCCUUAUCCGGAGGAUAGCCUAUCCAUCCCAACCACUACAGUGUCCCCCCUGGCUCUAGUUAGCUCCUACCACCGACCUCGGUUUUGCGAUGAUCUCACGGGUACGUCGUAUUCCACCACCUUCAAAUAGCGACACCCUCCCCGGGGCCCACGUGUAGCUGGCAACGGCAUGGGGGAGAGAGAGAGAGAGAGAGACCAUUAGCCGAAGCACCUCCCACCGUUCACCGGAAACGGCAUCUAAAACCGCGACCGCCGCAGUCUUCUCCCGUUUAUCCCCUCACCUCUGUUCUCCACCAUUCCUUUCCCAGCAUUCACUCUAUCGACGUGGCAACAUCUUAUUCGAUGCAAUAGUGAAUAUUUUAACGGGGUCCAGCAUCCUCGCCUUGGGAACAAUUAGGAAAAAGAAAAGGGGCGCCCUUUACUAACACUAAGAAACUAAAAAAACUAAAAAGUGGAUUACCAAAUCCUAAAAUUUUAGGAAAUAGGGAUUUUGUUCGAUCUAAUUUGGCCGUCUGCCCGUCCAUUGUGCGAAUUCACGCGUUUCCCUGUCCCUUCUUCGCCCGCUUCUCCCUAUUUAUAUUUCCCCCUCUCCGCGCUCCUUUCCUUAGCAGGCGCGGAAUUCUCUCAAAAAAUUGAAAAAAAAUCCGCUCUGCCCUGCCUCCUCUCCUCUAUUCCCCCCUUUCUCCUCCUCCCAGUCCGAUCCACGCAUCCAGUACAAGAUUUAGAGAGAGGAAGGAGGGGGGGAGAGAGAAGGGAAGAAGAAUAGGAGGAAUAGGAACGAAGAAGACGAACGAAGACGGCGACGGAGAAGAAGAUGAGGAUUCUCGAGGACGAGUUGUUCCCGUCGACGCCGGGGAAGGUGAAGAUCGAGCGGGCACACGCGAUUAAUCGGCAGUUCAAUCGGUGCUUCGCGUCGACGAGCACCAUGUUCCUUUGGGCGCUCUUCCUGAUCGCCCUGACGGCGUCGUACCUGAGCUUCCAGAGCUUCGUCGACACUUCGUCCAAGUAUCUCUCGGCGUCGUGGGGCGGCCUCCACUGGGAGAAGCAGAUCAGGGUAUCCGCCGAGGUCCGGAGGCCGCAGGGGAUCUCCGUCCUCGUCACCGGCGCCGCUGGCUUCGUUGGUUCCCACGUCUCCAUCGCUCUCCACAAGCGCGGUGACGGCGUCGUCGGCCUCGACAACUUCAAUUCCUACUAUGAUCCUUCGUUGAAGAAGGCCAGGAAGUCCCUUUUGGAUUCGCAGGGCAUCUUCGUCGUCGAGGGCGACGUUAACGACGGCCGCCUCCUCGCCAAGCUCUUCGACGUGGUUCCCUUCACCCAUGUGAUGCAUCUGGCGGCCCAGGCCGGGGUGCGGUACGCGAUCGAGAACCCGGCGUCCUACGUCCACAGCAACAUUGCUGGCCUGGUGACCCUUCUGGAGGCUUGCAAGGCGGCGGACCCCCAGCCGGCGAUCGUGUGGGCCUCCUCCUCGUCGGUGUACGGUCUCAACGAGAAGGUUCCCUUUUCGGAGUCGGACCGCACCGACCGCCCCGCCUCCCUCUACGCCGCCACGAAGAAGGCCGGCGAGGAGAUCACCCACACCUACAACCACAUCUACGGCCUCUCCAUCACCGGCCUCCGCUUCUUCACCGUCUACGGGCCGUGGGGCCGCCCUGACAUGGCCUACUUCUCCUUCACGAGAAAUAUUCUUCAAGGGAAGCCGAUCACGAUCUACCGGGGCAAGAAUCGCGUCGAUCUCGCUCGGGAUUUCACCUACAUCGAUGACAUCGUCAAAGGGUGCUUGGGGUCGCUGGACACGGCGGAGAAGAGCACGGGCAGCGGCGGGAAGAAGCGAAGGCCGGCGCAGUACCGGAUCUACAACUUGGGGAACACCUCGCCGGUGACUGUGCCGACGCUGGUCUCGAUCCUCGAGCGCCACCUCAAGGUGAAGGCGAAGCGGAAUGUGGUGGAGAUGCCGGGCAACGGCGAUGUCCCGUUCACCCACGCCAACAUCAGCUUGGCUCGAGCGGAGCUCCGCUACAAGCCGACCACCAAUCUCGAGACAGGCCUCAAGAAGUUCGUCAAGUGGUACCUCCGUUACUAUGGCUACAGUCCCCGGGGAAGUAAGAACUUGUAAAAAAAAUCCCCAUUUUUUGGUUUUUUUUAAAUGGUUUUUUCUUUUCGUAGGAUUUUUUCUUAAGUUUUGGGAAAAAAAAUACUUAAAAUUCUUUUCUCGGAGGAGAAGAGAGGGAAGAGAGAAAAAAAAAAGCUCUGCCUUGGACUUGUAAAGAAAGUAUCCGAAUUUCUGUUUGGUGUUUAAUUAACGAACUUUUCUUUAUUUUUUAAUCUAUUACUAUUGGUCUGUU